ACUGCAACCACCUGUUCUGCCCGCCUUAUUUCUCUCCUACUCAGUCGCUCUUUUCUAUCUUGCUCGCACAAUGAUCCCCUCAAUAAUGGCCUUGGCGCCGGUCGCCCUCCUCUCCCUUUUCACGUCGAGUACCCAAGCUGCCUCGUUACAUCAUAGGGCGACGACAUGCAAUGGUCACUCUGAGCUCUGCGGAAAGAGCUUCGGAAACGUCACAUUUGUAGGUGCGCAUGAUUCGUAUGCCGUAGGAACAAACAACUUGGCGGCGAAUCAAGACUACAAUGUGACGCAACAGUUAAAUGAUGGGAUUCGCAUGCUGCAGAUGCAGACACACAAUCAGAAUGGCGUGAUACAGUUAUGCCACACGUCCUGUGCGCUGUACAACGGAGGAACUCUCGAAACCUACCUCAGCUCAGUCAAGACAUGGAUGGAUGCCAAUACCAAUGAUGUGGUAUCCCUUCUCAUCGUCAACUCGGAUGGUUUCAAGCCAUCUGACUACGACAGUGUAUUCAAAUCUGUCGGCUUGGACUCUAUCUCGUUCUCUCCCAGUGCAUCUUCUCUUACGUUCGACAGCUGGCCCACUUUAGGCAGCAUGAUUGACUCGGGCAAACGACUUGUCACCUUCUUGGCCUCUGGGGCAGAUUCUACGUCCGUGUCUUAUCUCAUUGAUGAAUUUACUAAUAUCUGGGAGACUGCGUAUGAUGUCACUGAUACCACCUUCGAUUGCAAUGUCAAUCGGACGAACGGUGAUACGUCCACUCAGAUGUAUCUGAUCAACCACUUCCUGGACAAAAUUAUACUUGGCCAGCCUGCACCGGAUUCCUCACGCGCCAAUACGACGAAUGCUGUCAGUGGCGUAGGGUCUCUCGGCCAGCAAGUAGAAACUUGCGCAGCUCAGCACAGCCGCAACCCCAAUUUCAUGCUUGUAGAUUUCUAUGAAUAUGGUGGCGGCUCUGUCUUCCAGGUUGCUGCCACGGCAAACGGCGUCACCUAUAAUCCAGCGACUCCCGUUCCAUCGCCCGUAUCCUCUUCUUCCUCUUCCUCGUCAUCGUCGUCAUCGUCUUCCGUCUCCACCUCUAGCGCCGCGAUUCCAGCUUUUAGGAUGUCAAGCAACUAUCUGGGAGUGUUUGCGACCCUGUUUGUUGGUUUCUUCAUUGGAACUUGCAGCGUUGUCUAAACACAUAUAUCCUGCACACACUAUCUACACCUUGAGCUUGACGGACCUUUAGCACACUUUCCCUAGUUUCGAGCACGGACUCGUAAUAUCAGUUCUGUACGAAG